AAGACCUCAAAAACAGCAGGUGCGGUGUUGAGCUCUUUCUGUCUGACAGGCCGGCCAUCUCCGCCGUCACCAGGCGUGCAAGAUCUUUCCAGCGUCCACUGCUCACGAUUUUGUGACCUCAUAAGUACACUAUCUGCUCACUCAAUUUUGGUGUUUGAUUUUUGCUCGCUUCAUAACAGGAUCUCGAUCACCGACGAGGAUUAUGACCCAAGAUAUUCAAGAGCUGGCACGGGAGUGGUUGGAGCUCGACGAGGACAAGUCGACCACCGACGAAAUCAACAAACUGCUUGCUGACGGCGACACCAAUGAGCUGGAAAAGCGACUACGUUAUCGUAUCGCGUUCGGAACCGCUGGUCUCAGAGGGCCCAUGCAGGCUGGCUUUGCUUGCAUGAACUCUCUCACAGUCAUCCAAGCUUCUCAGGGACUAGCAGCAUACCUGCUGAAGACCGAGCAGAACGUCAAGACACGAGGCGUGGUUAUCGGCCGAGAUGCACGACAUAACUCGGAGAAGUUUGCCAGGCUCACGGCGGCAGCAUUUGUCGCCAAAGGCAUCAAGGUGUGGUGGUAUGAGACCAUUUCGCACACCCCCAUGGUUCCUUUCGGCGUGCGAGAGCUCAAUGCUGCUGCUGGAGUUAUGGUCACUGCGAGUCACAACCCUGCCCAGGACAAUGGGUACAAGGUUUACUGGUCCAACGGCUGCCAGAUUAUUCCUCCUCACGACAGCGGCAUUGCGGAGUCGAUUAUAGAGAAUCUAAAACCCGUCACCUGGGACACAUCAGUUGUGGAGAGCUCUCUUCUGGUUGAGGGUUCUCUAGGGCUCGUAACAGACACAUAUCACAGAGCAGUUCUUUACGCAGCAAAUCUUGAAAACCACAACAUCAAGAUAAGUAAAGACAUUAGGUUCGUGUACACUCCCAUGCAUGGUGUGGGCCUUCCAGCGAUGAUGCAAUGUGUGGAAACGCUCGGUAUCGCUUCACAGAUAACCGUCGUGGAAGCUCAAGCCUUGCCAGACCCUGACUUUCCCACCGUCAAGUUCCCAAACCCAGAAGAAAAGGGAGCACUAGAUUUGGCCAUUGAGACUGCAGAGAAGGCAUCAACACGCUUGAUCCUCGCGAGCGAUCCAGAUGCCGACCGUUUAGCAGUAGCAGAGAAGACAGGUGACAAAUGGCACAUAUUCACAGGAAACCAGCUCGGGAUACUCAUCGGCUCCUACAUCUUCGAACGGUAUCCAGCCUCAAAACCCCGCGACAAACUCGCCAUGCUGGCAUCCACUGUCAGCUCCAGGAUGCUUGCGGCGCUGGCCAAGAAAGAAGGCUUCCAUUUCAGUGAGACUCUCACCGGCUUCAAAUGGCUCGGCAAUAUAGCACGCCAGCUUGAUGCUCAAGGUUACAACGUUGCAUAUGCGUUCGAAGAAGCUCUCGGGUACAUGAUUCCACAAACAGUACACGACAAGGAUUCGAUCAGCGCAGCGGCAGUCUUCCUGACCGCUGCAUCAGAGUGGUCUGCCCAAGGCCUUACGCCAUACGCCAAGCUCCAGCAACUGUACGAAUACCUCGGGUACUUUGAGGACGCCAACACCUACCUUGUGUCCCCUUCACCGGCAGUAACAACCUCUGUCUUCACAGCUGUUCGAGCUCUGGACAGCCCACACCCCACCACCAUUGGAUCCCGCAAGAUUGUGCGCUGGAGAGAUCUGACGCUGGGUUAUGACUCGAGGAGCAAGGAUCAUACGCCAGAUCUGCCCGUGGACAGUAGCAGCCAGAUGAUUACUUGUGAACUGGAUGAUGGGGCGGUGUUUACAGUCAGAGGAAGCGGGACGGAGCCAAAGAUCAAGUUGUACAUUGAGUGCCAGGGCAAGAGCAGCGAGGAAGCAAAGAGCGGAGCGAAUGAGAUACUGCAAGAUUUGCUGAGGGAAUGGUUCAAGCCGGAGGAGAACGGCCUGAGGCUUGCUUGAGGUGGGAUGGGAUAGAACAAAAUGAUAAAUGUGGGAGUGGACAAUGGACAUGACCGGACAAAGAGCCUGUGAAUGUGAUGCCGUAUAGGCCAAAAGGCUGAUAACGAUAGAGAAAUAAGACGAGACAAGAUUUUCCCAACAUCUAA